AUGGCCUCGCUUGGACCAGCAGUUACGGGCGAGCAGGUCCCGGGGGCUGAAGCGGAGCUGGGCGCCGCGGGGCCGCCGCCGCCGUCGACUUCCUCUCUAGGGCCCCUGCUCCCCCUGAAGCGGGAGCCGCUGUACAACUGGCAGGCGACCAAGGCGUCGCUGAAGGAGCGUUUCGCCUUCCUUUUCAACUCGGAGCUCCUGAGCGAUGUGCGCUUCGUGCUGGGCAAGGGCCGCGGCGGCGGCGGCGGCGGCGCUGCCGGGGGCCCGCAGCGCAUCCCGGCCCACCGUUUCGUACUGGCGGCCGGCAGCGCCGUCUUCGACGCCAUGUUCAACGGCGGCAUGGCCACCACGUCGGCCGAGAUCGAGCUGCCCGACGUGGAGCCCGCCGCCUUCCUGGCGCUGCUGAGAUUUCUGUAUUCAGAUGAAGUUCAGAUCGGCCCAGAAACAGUUAUGACCACCCUUUAUACGGCUAAGAAGUACGCAGUCCCGGCCUUGGAAGCGCAUUGUGUGGAAUUUCUCACCAAACAUCUCAGGGCAGAUAAUGCCUUUAUGUUACUUACUCAGGCUCGUUUAUUUGAUGAACCUCAGCUUGCUAGUCUUUGUCUAGACACAAUAGACAAAAACACAAUGGAUGCAAUAAGUGCAGAAGGGUUUACUGAUAUUGACAUAGACACACUCUGUGCAGUCCUAGAAAGAGACACUCUUAGUAUUAGAGAAUGUCGACUUUUUGGAGCUGUUGUACGAUGGGCAGAAGCAGAAUGUCAAAGACAACAAUUGCCUAUGACCUUUGGAAACAAGCAGAAAGUCCUGGGGAAAGCACUGUCCUUGAUCCGCUUCCCACUGAUGACCAUUGAGGAGUUUGCGGCAGGUCCUGCUCAGUCUGGAAUUCUGUCAGAUCGGGAGGUAGUCAAUCUCUUUCUUCAUUUCACUGUCAAUCCUAAACCCCGUGUUGAAUACAUUGAUCGACCGAGAUGCUGCCUCAGAGGAAAGGAGUGUUGUAUCAAUAGAUUCCAGCAAGUAGAGAGCCGGUGGGGCUACAGUGGCACGAGUGACCGGAUCAGGUUCACAGUUAACAGAAGAAUCUCUAUAGUUGGAUUUGGUUUAUAUGGCUCUAUUCAUGGUCCCACGGAUUAUCAAGUGAAUAUACAGAUCAUUGAAUGUGAAAAAAAACAAACACUGGGACAAAACGAUACUGGAUUCAGUUGUGACGGAACUGCUAACACAUUCAGGGUCAUGUUCAAAGAACCCAUAGAAAUCCUGCCCAACUUGUGCUACAUGGCAUGCGCAACACUCAAAGGUCCAGAUUCCCACUAUGGCACAAAAGGACUGAAGAAAGUGGUGCAUGAAACACCUACUGCUAGCAAGACUGUCUUUUUCUUUUUUAGUUCUCCUGGCAAUAAUAAUGGCACUUCAAUAGAAGAUGGGCAAAUACCAGAAAUAAUAUUUUACACAUAA